CCUCUUCCCUUAUUCACCCUCCUUCACAAUUCUCUCUUUUCUGUAACCUCCAUUCACUCUCUCGUCCACCGGCUUGAGGUUCAGCUGAAGCUUCUUUCUGUCUGAAUUCCUCACGGACAUCGAAUGUGCUUCUUGAAAGCCAGCACUGUCUUUCUGUGAUCCCUUUGAUUUUGAGUACACGGAAUUUUUGGUUGAGGCUGCAUCCCGGCGGACUUUUGGGCUAUCGACAUCUCGAAUACCCACGACCAUUCGCUUCUCGAGCACAUUCUCUGGAAAUAAUUCUCGAAUUAUAGUAGGCAGUUAACGACGGCGUCCAAUAUGUCUUCUAGCGCUCUUCCAAAACGCGUGGCGCUUCACCGCCAAAUGACCGAAAGCUCUUCCGUCACGAGCUCCGUCACCCCUUCACCUAUGGAAAGUCCACGACACUCUCCUUCCACCACCUCUCUCUCCUCGCUCGCUUCCGAGGCACUAGCAGAAGGUAGCAGCAAGUUGCUUGAUACCUAUGGCAAUGAAUUCGAAAUCCCAAACUUCACCAUCAAGGAAAUCCGGGAUGCUAUCCCAGCACACUGUUUCAAGCGGGAUGGUAUCCGAGGCUUGUUGUAUGUCUUCAGGGAUUUGGCAUGCCUGGGAGUGACAUUCUAUGCCUUCCACAAUUAUGUGACACCUGAAAAUAUCCCAUCCACUCCUAUCCGGGCUGGGUUGUGGGCCCUGUAUACGUUCGUUCAAGGACUUUUUGGUACCGGUAUCUGGGUCCUAGCACACGAAUGUGGUCAUCAGUCCUUCUCGCCAUCAAAAGUUCUCAAUGACACCGUCGGAUGGAUUCUUCAUUCUUCUCUACUUGUUCCUUACUUCUCAUGGAAAAUUUCCCAUGGAAAGCACCACAAGGCAACCGGUAACCUCGAACGUGAUAUGGUGUUCGUUCCUAAGACCAGGGAGCAGUACGCCUCGCGCAUGGGAUAUUUUGUCCACCAGCUAAAUGAGGUCAUGGAAGAAACUCCAAUCCAGGCGGCGACCAACCUCAUCCUCCAGCAAUUGUUUGGAUGGCCAAUGUACCUCUUGUCCAACGUCACCGGGCAUAACAACCAUGAGUGCCAGCGCGAGGGUCGCGGCAAGGGCAAGAAGAAUGGCAUGUUCACCGGCGUCAACCACUUCAACCCUUCGAGUCCGCUGUAUGAGGCAAAGGAUGCUAAACUUAUCGUCCUCAGUGACAUCGGUCUGUUAAUCAUGGGCUCCAUCCUGUAUGCUCUUGGCCAAAGAUUUGGCUGGACCAAUCUCCUCGUUUGGUACUUCAUCCCAUACCUGUGGGUUAACCAUUGGCUCGUCGCGAUCACUUACCUGCAGCACACCGACCCCAGUUUGCCACACUACCACUCUUCGGUGUGGAAUUUUGCGAGAGGCGCUGCUGCCACCAUCGACCGUGAAUUCGGUUUCAUCGGCCGUCAACUAUUCCAUGGCAUCAUUGAAACCCACGUCCUUCACCAUUAUGUCAGUACUAUUCCAUUCUAUAACGCGGACGAGGCGACCGAAGCUAUCAAGAAAGUCAUGGGUAAACAUUAUCGUUCGGAUACCAAAGGUGGCAGCCUUGGAUUCAUCAGAGCUCUGUGGCGUAGCACUAGAAUGUGCCAGUGGGUCGAGCCAUCCGAGGGCGCCCAGGGCGAAGGCAAAGACGUUCUCUUUUUCCGAAAUCGCAACGGACUAGGACCCAGACCGCUUGUUGUCGAGCCAGAGGAAGGAAAGGCCAAAUAAGAGGGGACAGCCGAUGCACAGCCAUGCCGGAAUUAAUAUCCAUACACAAAAAAAAAGGGGUCUGGUGUUUUUGUUCCGUUAAGUAUCUGGGUUCAGGCGUUGGGAGCGCGCAUUUUCUCAACCGACUUGGAGGUUUGCACGUAUAUGCAAGUUUAAUAAUGCUCUGUGUGCUGGAUAUAGCCCAUGGUGACAUCCUGAAGGUCCACGCCGAAAUUGGUAUUUAAGAUUAAUAGAUAUGUGGGGUUUAGGGGUUAUCGGUCUAUUCGAUAAUCAAGGAAUCAGCAGUCGGUGAUACAAGGCGACGACUAUUUCCAUCGGGGUCAUUUACCUAGUAUCUUGUUUACUUACCUGCUUCCUCGACCCUGGCGUCCUUCCCUAGGAACGUUCUAUUUUCACAAUGUCAUGAUGAGCAACGAAUCUGUGUUGAUAGACCAAUAGAUACUUUGAAUAGACCAA